UAAAAAGUUUUAUCAUUGGGAUAGUUUAGGAGGGGCGAAUUGGGGGUAUGCAGAGGGGUUGGUGAGGGAGUUGUUGAGUCAAAUUCAUUCUACUGAUAAUUUAAAUUUAAAGCAAUUUUUAGUGAAGAGACAAGAGGUUAGGCAAAAUAAUGGUUGGGAGUGUGGGAUUGCUAUAAUAGCAACUAUGAAGAGGAUUAGAGAAAAGUAUAGUGGGAGUAUUAAGGAUAUUGAAUUAGGGGAGUUUGAUUUUAAGAAAGUAAGGGAGGAAUUGAGGAUGAAGUAUUUACAAGAGCACAGUUAA